AUGACUUUGGCCAAUGACUUCUGCCUAUGGAGGUCACAUAAAUGUCCAGGAAAGCUGGGACCGGAUGGUGGCUAUGGAGAGCUGGGACUGGAUGGUGGCUAUGGAGAUCUGGGAUUGAGUGGUGGCUAUGGAGAGCUGGGAUUAAAUGGUGGCUAUGGAGAGCUGGGACUGGAUGGUGGCUAUGAAGAGCUGGGACUGGAUAGUGGCUAUGAAGAGCUGGGACUGGAUGGUGGCUAUGAAGAGCUGGGACUGGAUAGUGGCUAUGGAGAGCUGGGACCGGAUGGUGGCUAUGGAGAGCUGGGACUGGAUGGUGGCUAUGGAGAGCUGGGAUUGAAUGGUGGCUAUGGAGAGCUGGGACUGGAUGGUGGCUAUGGAGAGCUGGGACUGGAUGGUGGCUAUGGAGAGCUGGGACUGGAUGGUGGCUAG